AUAAAAGCAGCCUCCACGUCUCUAGAAUCAAAGAACCGCUAUAUUGUGUAGCUUACCACGCAGAUAUUACGGUGUCGCCAAGAACUACCGUUUCGGCAGCAUGAGCGCACACAGGAGCGUCGGGCGGGGACGCGCAUUAGCCUCGCAUGGACUAGUGUUGCUCGAGCAUGCAGUGUUUUUCGUCGUCGCUUGUAGGACUUUGAACAUCAUCCGGACAAAAGGAUUUGUGGGCGUGUACAGUGCCACGUUCAAGGCUCUCAGGAACUUGCCAGGGGUGGAGAGGUUAAUCCAGCGGUUGCUUAGAAGGCAGGUGGAGGGAGCAGUACGGCGCCUGGCCAAGUCCGAGUCUCAGAUAUGCCGUGAAGCGCAUCGACCUGUCCUCCGGCUUCCUGUCGAAGGGCUUUCCGGGGAGGAAAUAAUGCAACAGCUCGAGGCGCUUAAAGCGGCAGAGCGCCGCAGCAUGGAGCGAGGGUGCAAGGCGUUCGGUUACGUGCAUUACAAUGCCGAAGGGACGCCAUUGAGUGCCCAUACCCAAGUGCUUUUAGAGGCCUUUCGAUCCUUCGAAGAAAGCAGUGGAGCAGACACGACGGGCUACCAUGACAAGGUGGUCAACAUGGCCUUCACUGCUUUCCUGAGUGAGUCGACCAACCCCUCCAACCCCGUCUUGAUCCCCGUCGUUCGCAAGUGCGAGAACGAGGUGAUCGCCAUGACCGCCUCCCUCCUCCACGGGGACGAGGAGGUGGUGGGUACCCUGACCAGCGGGUCCUCGGAAAGCAUCCUGCUCACGGUCAAGACCUACCGCGACAUGGCGCGGGCCACCCUCCCCCACGUCCGCGAGCCUGAAAUCCUGGUGCCCAUCACCGCACACCCGGCCUUCGUCAAGGCGGGUGCCUUGUUUGGCGUCCGAAUCGUGAUUGUCCCCAUUGGCCCCGACAAACGCGUCUCGCUUGCCGCCGUGGAGGCCGCCAUUUCGCCCAACACGAUUUUGCUCGUGGCCUCGGCCCCUCAACAGCCCCACGGCGUGGUGGAUCCCAUUCCCGCCCUGGCAGGGAUGGCGCAGGAACAAAACGUGCCGUUGCACGUGGACGCCGGGCUGGGCGGGUUCAUGCUCCCCUUCCUGGAGAAAUUGGGCUACGAGGUCACGCCAUGGGACUUCCGAUUGGACGGUGUGUCCUCCAUCUCUGUGGACAUGCACAAAUACGGAUACUGCAUCAAAGGGGCCUCGGUUUUGCUCUACCGGAACGCCGACAUGCGCGCCCAUCAAUUCUUCUCCUACACGGAGUGGCCAGGGGGAGUCUUCGGCUCCCCCUCGCUCACGGGGACCCGGCCAGGGGGAAACGUGGCGGCGGCCUGGGCGGGCAUGAUGCAACUGGGGGAGAAGGGCUACUUGCGGCUGGCGAAAACCGCCAUGGAGGUCUGCCAUUGCUUGAAGGAAGGGGUGCGGAGCGUCCGAGGUCUGGGGUUGGUGGCGGAGCCGGAGAUGACCUGUCUGGCCAUACUGAGCCGGGACCCGCGGCUAUGCAUCCUCCUGGUCGGCGACGUGAUGGAGGAGAAAGGCUGGUGGAUGGAGCGGCAGCAGGCGCCGGCCUCGUUGCAUUUGUCCGUGAUGCCGCACCACCAAGAGGUGGCGGACCGUUUCCUCCAGGAUUUGAAGGCCUCGGUGGAGGACGUGCGGCGACGGGGGGCCAGGGCCUUACAUUCCCGGGGGAAGGCAGACAUUUACGGGAUCGUCGAGAGCAUACCCGACCGUUCCCUUCUGUCGAAUUUCGUGGUGAAAUUGUACAACGAGACGCACAGGUUACGUCGGGAUGACGACUCGGUGCUGAUCUCGCCCUGCAUGGUGGAGGAGGGCCUGGGGGCAUUGGGGGAGGAGGAGGAGGAGGAGGAAGAAGAAGAGGAGGAGGAGGAGGAGGAAGGGGAGGCGGAGGCGCAAUGA